AUUCACUGUUAAUAUCGUCAGGUGCAUAACGCUUCUGAUAAGCAGACAUUAUUCAUUUCACCAACACACUCAAGAUUAACCUGUGGUAAGCAUUCUUGUUAAAUAAUUUCCCUUUUUCUUUUUUUAAAUAAGAUAAUUUGCAGGCUUAAGUCAACUUUCAAUCGGGUAAUGAUAUUGUGUUCAAGUCAAAAGCAAAAAGUCUCCAUACACUUAGAAAAAAUUGAUAUUUCUUUGAACAAACACAUUAAGUUGGUAGUGUGACACACUGUUCUGUAAGUGUUGAUUGCGAGUAUUGUUUCUGAGAAUGCAUCUAGUCAUUUAACAUGCCCUAUUAUUGUGUAUAGCUAGACUUGAAGAUUAGUUAUUGAUAUUUAUUAGGAAGGCAUUUUAGAGAGUUUCUUUGGCAAACUGUUCAUUUUAUAGCAUCGUCCCAUAUACGACAUUGCAUUUGAUUAGUAAGUUCAAUGUUUUAAAAUACAUUAUCAGAUUAUUUUGAGGGCGUCUAGGGCACUAAGCCAGUCUAGAUAACUAACUACAGCGAUGACUGUCUAGGGCAAUGGACGACUCGAUGGUCCUCGUCGAUCUUCGACGGACGAACAAUAACAAUAAUAGGGCACUAAGCCAGUCGAGAUAACUAACUACAGUGAUAACUGAAAAGCAUACUGUUACAUUUGGUAAAGACCUUUUGUUGCCUUUAUAAUUUAGUUGAGAUAAUCAUGUUAUUAUGCUUUGCUGUUGUCAUUGUCAGGCAGUUUAAGCAUGCUUUAUUUUAGAAUACCCUUUCAAAUUCUUAUUUUAAAAUUGUUGAUAUUAUGCAUAAAGAGAUUCAGACUUGGAAAAUGGAGAUUUAGACUGAAAAUGGGAGAUCCGGGAUGGUAUUAUUGUACUUUUAUUUAAUGUUUGUCGCCCCCCCCCCCCCCAAAAAAAAAAAAAAAAAAAAAGCAUUGCCAUAGUUUAUUACUGAUUGAGUUUGACUAAUAUUAAUUCUGGCUGAUGAUUAUACACACCCCUGUUCUACCAUAAUAAUUUACUAAAUGGUUUCAUUAGAUGCCUCUUUCAUAUCUCCUACAGAGCUACAAAUAUGGCAGUGUCUGACCAGCUGGCACGGGCUGUAGUGCAGGGAAUACAAGCACAGAUGCAGCAAUGCCCCUACCAUGAUUGCAUCGUCGUAGCUGGUGGUGUUGAUUUCAAGUGUCAUCGGUUCCUUUUAAGUGCAUGCUCAGAAUUCUUCCGUGCAACAUUCGGAUCAGGAAUGAAAGAGGACAUUGAAAAUCGUGUAGUUCUGAACGACAUCACGGCUGAGACAUUCAACCUUGUUCUAGACAGUGUUUACAACGCCAGGAGUGUCCUUAAUGCUGACAAUAUAGCAGACGUCUGGCAUGCUGCUAACCAGCUCCAAAUUGGAUUCCUUCUGGAGGCUUGUGAACUUUUCCAGUCCAAACGGCUUUCUAAAGACAGCUGUGUGGAGAUCUACAUCGAUGCCAAGUUGCUCAGCUCCAAGAAAUUGGUGGAACUCUGCUGGGAUGUUAUCAUUAAGGAAUUUGAUUACCUGAGGAAGUUGGAGGACCUGCUGUUCCUUGACUUUGAAGACAUGAAACGUCUGGUCAGCAGUGAAGAUCUAUCUGUGUCUUCAGAAGAUAUUGUCCUCCAGAUAGUACUGAGGUGGGUCAGCUUCAAUCCCCAUGAUGAACCAAUUGAUGAGGGUCCAGAAAUAAAAAUUUUAGACACUAGCAGUGACGACUCAAAAGCACCAAGGAAUGACAAGAAAAAAGAAAAAUCAAAAAUUACAGAAAGAGCAAGUCAUAAACAGAUGGCAAAUAAAUCAGAGGAUGUUAAAACUGAUUUGAAAAAUCUUUCAAUCACCCAGAGUAACAUGCAAGAUACCAAGUGCAAGAAAAUCUUUACUGUUGCAGAACGAAAAUGCUUUCUCCCUGAGCUGUUGGCUGCAUCCAAGAUUUUUCUCGUUAGUGGCACAUGCUUGCAAACACUGAUUGAAAACAAGAUUGUCCUGGAAAAUCCAGCGGCUUUUUCUCUUGUACGGGAAAGUCUCCGUUACCAGCUUCAGCCAGGCAGACGUCAUGAUUACUGCCCCCCUUAUGCCAGACACAGAAGCAAAAGUUUACUACAGAAUGUCACAAUGGCAAUUACCAGAAAAAACCAACUCAAUCUCUCUUGUCGUACUGUGGAUGGAACUUGGUAUGUUUUGCCAACACCUCCGCAGUAUAUUGGAAAAGCAGUUACUUUUGAAAAUGAUAUUUAUUGGACGGAUUCAUCUGGAACUUAUCAAUCAGCAAUUAAAUAUAAAUCCAAUGUUAAUGCAUGGGUUACUAUAGCUCAGCUGAAUACUCUCAGAAAGAAUCAUGCUUUGGUUUGCUUGGAUAGUUACAUAUACGCUGUAGGGGGUGACAACUGCACAUCCAUUGAGAGAUUUAACGCAAGAGAUGAUCAAGUCCAGGGUUCAAGCAAGUGGGAAUUAGUUGGUGACUUGAAACUAGCCGUGACCAACAUCAUGGCAACCUCUUGUGGCGGCAGCAUAGUGGUCUUUGGUGGCGAGACAGAUGGAAGUCCGUCAACGACUGUCCAAAGUUUCAAUACCCAAACCAUGUCCGCCAGCUUCUACCUCGACAACAUGUCAGGUAGUCCUAGGAAUAUGGUCAGUUUCAAGCACGGUGAUAUCACGUACAUACUGCAAGAAACUGGAGCUUUGUGGAAGCUGGUCAGUUGCGACAACACAAUCUUAAACAUAGAGUUCCGGAACAUGUUAUGGGCAGAUCCAUUCAAACUGAUGGGAGGCAUAAUUUUUAAUGAAGAGUUGCUGAUCCUGGGAGACGGGAUUGAUCCGCUGAUGCACAGAGAAUGGGACACAACUCACUUUGAGCAUUUUAAGAGGAUUAAAGUAAUUGAACGCCAAGGAUAUUGCCUACUCAACACAAUCAUUGACAAGAAAUUUUUGGUGACCCCAGAAACUUAACACUUAAAAUUCAAGAAAAUGACAGGUUAUCAAACAAAACAGUAAUAUAAUUAAUUUUUUUGGUGUUACAAUCACAAGUUCAUGUUUGAUUGAAAAUGAUUUCAUAUUUUCUCUGCCAGCCCGCUAUUUUAAAUUAAGAUCAAUUAUAUAAAGCUCAUUAUGACUUUUUUGUGUGAAUGAGUCAAUUAAUUAAUUACAACAACACCCCCACCCCCAACCCCCCAAAAAUAUAAAUAAUAAUAAUAAUAAUAUUUUUUUUUAAAUGGAUCGUAACCAAAUUUGACGGUUACCGGCAAUUUGAUCGAAAGAAAUUUCGUCGAC